AUGAGCCUCUACCCUACCUCGAGCGCCAAAGCCAAGCGAAGGACAUAUACAAGCGGCAACACGACGUCGAGCUAUGGCAAUGGGCCUAGCCAGAACAAUCAGCAGCAGCAGCCCCAAAUAAGUGACGAGCAGAGAGCAGAGAUCAAAGAGGCUUUCGAGCUUUUCGAUCUCGACAAGGAUGGCAUGCUCGACUACCAUGAAGUCAAAGUGGCCUUUCGCGCACUCGGAUUCGAUCUCAAAAAGGCAGAAGUACUCAAGCUGCUCAGGGACCACGACGAGAACGGUCGUAGCCUCAUGAGCUUUGAAUCCUUUCAGCGCAUCACGACGGACAAGAUGCUCACGAGAGAUCCUCUGGACGAGAUUAGGAGAGCAUUCCAGCUUUUUGACGAUGACAAGACGGGCAAGAUUGAUAUUCGCAACCUGAGACGAGUAGCUAAAGAGAUUGGUGAGAAUCUUGACGACGACGAGUUAACGGCCAUGAUCGAAGAAUUUGAUUUGGAUCAAGACGGCAUGAUCAGCGAGCAAGAAUUCGUGCGUCUAUGA